GCAUUUUCAUGUCACGAUCGUCACCGGAUGAAGGAUCUGACGAUAGAGCACUGCCGCUGAGUUAUUUUGCCGGGCAUUUUUUUGUGCGACAGGUACAUUUUUCUCCUUAGUAAUCACCCCAGCAACAACAAACAGCGGCGCGCCGGCCAAUGAGCUCUAGCAGCCGCCUCUGUCCUCACUUCCUCCGGCUGCGCAGCGCUGGGUUUGGCUUGGCACCAUCAGCCAGCACGCAGCCAUCUUGGACGGAGCUCUAUCUAGACUGGCAAAACCACACUCUUCGGGAUGGGAGGAAUUUAAUCAACCUGGAGUGAUUUAGAGCAGAUCGUCUGGAGCACAUGAACGAGACCGCGCAUUCAGAAAGCCUAUAUUAAGACCCAGAACCGGUUUGAAGCGGACGCCCCCUCCCCUUUUUUCCUUGUCUGAACGCUGUGUGCAGUUUCUGAGGGGGCCUGGGAAUUGUUUGUGCUUGAGUUUUACAAUAGGCACUUCUCGCAAAGUUUUUUAAAGUAAUCCAGGACGAUGGUUUGGUUAUGACCUGUCGGUUGCCAGGUCUUUUGCGGAGAGUUGCUGCUUUGUGUCGCCGGUGACCUGUUGUGUGCCGUUAUGCGUCUGGAUACGUUAUUGCAUUAAUCUUGGAUCUGUUACUCGUGCUGGAAUCUGGUUUGGAUGUCGAUCCACUCCAUGGUCUUCAUCAGCUGGUGUCCGGCAGCUGUCCACCCUGCGAACUAAAGGUUGCUGUGAUCAGACUCGGGUCCACUUUGGAGAUAAAGACACAUUAAAAUGUCAACUAGAACACCACUACCUACUGUCAAUGAGAGAGAUACAGAAAACCACACAUCACACACAGAUGGGCGUAAUGAAGUGGCAUCUCGUCCUGGGCGGUCGGGCGCUCGCUGUCGAAACUCCAUUGCCUCUUGUGCCGAUGAGCAGCCACAUAUCGGCAACUACCGGCUCCUCAAAACCAUCGGCAAGGGCAACUUUGCCAAGGUCAAAUUGGCACGGCACAUUCUCACAGGACGAGAGGUGGCCAUAAAAAUUAUUGACAAGACACAACUUAAUCCUACCAGCCUUCAAAAGCUCUUCAGGGAAGUAAGAAUAAUGAAGAUUCUCAAUCAUCCAAAUAUUGUAAAGCUGUUUGAGGUCAUAGAAACAGACAAGACCCUUUACCUGGUGAUGGAGUACGCCAGCGGAGGGGAGGUGUUUGACUACCUCGUAGCGCACGGACGCAUGAAGGAGAAGGAGGCCAGAGCUAAAUUUAGACAGAUUGUAUCAGCAGUUCAGUACUGCCAUCAAAAACACAUUGUCCACAGAGAUCUCAAGGCAGAAAAUCUACUUCUGGAUGCGGACAUGAACAUUAAAAUUGCAGACUUCGGUUUCAGUAAUGAAUUCACCAUCGGGAACAAACUAGACACGUUUUGCGGCAGCCCGCCGUACGCAGCGCCAGAGCUUUUCCAGGGCAAGAAGUACGACGGGCCGGAGGUGGACGUGUGGAGUUUGGGGGUUAUUCUGUACACGCUGGUCAGCGGAUCGUUGCCCUUUGAUGGACAGAAUCUAAAGGAGCUUCGUGAGCGAGUGUUGAGAGGCAAAUAUCGGAUUCCCUUCUACAUGUCUACUGACUGUGAAAACCUCCUAAAACGCUUCCUGGUGCUGAACCCAGUCAAACGGGGCACGCUCGAGCAAAUCAUGAAGGAUCGAUGGAUCAAUGCGGGCUGUGAGGAGGAAGAGCUCAAACCCUUUGUUGAGCCCGAGCUCGACAUCUCUGAUCAGAAGAGAAUCGAUAUCAUGGUGGGAAUGGGUUACUCACGGGAGGAGAUCCAUGAAUCUCUAACCAGGAUGAAGUACGAUGAAAUCACAGCGACGUACCUGCUGUUAGGCAGAAAGUCUACUGAGUUGGAGGUGAGUGAUUCGAGCUCCAGCAGUAACCUCUCUUUGGCGAAGGCCAGACCCAACAGUGAACACAACAACGGCCAGUCACCGUCUCACCUCAAAGUCCAGAAGAACGCCUCAACCAACCAGAAACAGCGGCGCUACAGUGACCAAGCUGGUCCCACCAUUCCCUCGGUGGGUUACCCUAAGAGAAGUCAGACCACUUCAGCAGAAAGUGAGCAUAAAGAGGAGGGCAGUGCUCAGGCACGCAAGUCCAGCUCAUCUGGCAGCCGUGGGAUGGCUCCAGCGAGCCCCAUGCUGGGCAACGCCAACAACCCCAACAAGGCCGACAUUCCUGACCGCAAAAAGAGCGCCGGUGCCCCUGGGAACAAUUCAGUGUCCAGCGGCAUGACCAGGAGAAACACGUAUGUGUGUAGUGAGAGAAACGCAACCGACCGGCACUCCGUCAUCCAGAACGGCAAAGAGAACAGCCUGAGUGAAAUGUCAGGAUGUGUCAGCACAAGUCCGACAGCGUACGCCGUGGCUCUGGCCAGUUCAUCAGCCUCAGUCCGUCUGCGCCACCAAAAGGCCGCAUCCCUGUCAGCCUCAGGACACACCUGCCGCGCCACCCUGCCAACCUCAGACGCCAGCGCAGACCUCUUCAGGCCCAAUACGAGCACGGCUCAGACGAGUCAGCGAAACCCUGGUUCCUCCACCCACAGCAUUAGCAGUGCGACUCCACCAGACCGCCUGCGUUUCCCUAGAGGAACUCUGAGCCGCAGCACAUUCCAUGGAGGACAACUGAGAGAGAGACGCACCGCCACAUACAAUGGACCUCCAGCUUCUCCAACAUUAUCACACGACGCCACGCCACUGUCACAGUCCCGGAGCCGUGGAUCAACAAACCUUUUCACCAAGCUCACAUCCAAACUCACACGCAGAAAUAUGUCAUUCAGGUUUUCUAAAAGAGUGCCGGCAGAAUGCGAUAGAAAUGGGAGAUAUGACGACUCAAGUCGUAAUGUGUCAGGGGAUCAGAAAGAGGAACAUAAAGACGCCAAACCCCGCUCGCUCCGAUUCACCUGGAGCAUGAAGACCACCUCGUCCAUGGAGCCCACAGAAAUGAUGCGCGAGAUCCGCAAAGUCCUGGACGCCAACAACUGCGACUACGAGCAGCGCGAGCGAUUCCUGCUGCUCUGCGUCCACGGCGACGGCCACGCCGAGAGUUUGGUCCAAUGGGAGAUGGAGGUGUGCAAACUGCCCCGCCUCUCGCUAAACGGCGUGCGCUUCAAGCGGAUAUCAGGAACAUCCAUCGCUUUCAAAAACAUCGCAUCCAAAAUUGCCAACGAACUGAAGCUGUAAGGAAAAAACAAAACAUAAAAUGAAAAUGUGAAAGCAGCAAAAAUGAACUAAGGCACAAAACUAGAGUAAUCAAGCUGUACAUUCUUUUUCAACAAGUAGCAGAUACAAGGAGCGUUUUCCUCAAACACUUACAAAGUAUGUACUGAAAAUAUUGUAUAGAAUCAUGCCUUAGGCAAUAAUUUCCUGCAUCUUUGACGCAUUAUUAAUAUUGUUGUUAUUGUUAUUAUUAUUAUUAUUAUUGUGGGAUGGAUUCAAACUGUAGGAAAACAAAAGACGCUUUCGUUUCUUCAUUUUUAUUAAGAUUUUGGUUUUCGUUUAUGCACUACUGCAUUAGAGAUGCCCUGUGGGGCCAAAAAUGACUGAAAGCGUGUAUUUUAACCAGACGAUUAAUCGCUCCAGUAUCAGUCCAGCUCUAUCCCAAUGCCAAAACUAAUCUGAUUUAGGGACAGGACAUUUAUUUGCACAUUUUCCCCAAUAAAGGACCACAUAUUGUUACACUUCAUCCCAUGCUUUUUCAGUUCUCUUUUGACCCCCAGUCCUACGUCAGAUUAUUCCCAUUUUUUGUUUUAUAGAUGGGAUCAGCUUAAUGUCAGGAACAUUAAAUAGAUAGUUCAGCCUAACAAAAUGAAAAAUUGCUGUAAUUUACUCGCCCUCAGGCUAUCCAAUAUGGAGAAUCCCUCAAAAAUUAAAUGUUUGCCUUCAUUUUGUUCAAAUACUGUAUAAAUGGAAGGUAUUUGGAUGAAUGUCAGUAUCCAAACAGAUCUCAUCACCCAUUUAUUAUACCUUUAAAGACCUUGUUUAGCCUAGAACAUGGCUUUGGUGAUUCAUACAAAAAUCAAAUCGUCAGAAAAAUUCAAUCCUCCUAUCUCAGUCGCAAGAAACUGCUUAUUAUUUACUUUAUAAUUACCUUAAAUCAACAACUUCUGCAAAUGGUCUGUUCACAAAUUGUGAAACUGCUGUAAAUAAUGUUCAGUUUCUUGUACAGAUUAUUUUAUGGCUACAGAGUGCCAUCAGGAAAAAUUUAGUAAUUUCGUUAUGUCUUUGUGUUUUUUGAUCCAGUAGCCAAUGACUUGUAUUUUACGAAUCACAAAGGAUCCCGAUGUCAACUAAUCAUACUAAAGAGAAAAGGUCACCCUGAGGGCGAGUAAAUUAGCAGCAACUGUUCAGUUUUUUAAGUGAGCCGUCUCUUGAAGAACGAGUUGAGAUGUUUUCCUUUGUGCUCCAUUGAAGUAUUUAGUUUAAAUCCUUGAAAAGUAUUUUUUUAAGCUUCUGAGAUGACGAAAUGCUCUUGAAAUGUCUGUGCUUUGGCUCCGGCCCUCAGGGCGCACCAUACAGUCGCACAUGCUGAGUCAUUCUGGGACACACAGUUCACUUCAGAACUUCAACUCGCCAUUUCUGGCCUUCAGUAUUCACUCCCAUCCCAAAACCAUUGGCACUGUUGUUAUUAUUAUUAUAAUUUUGAUUUAAUGUUUCUGUUUGCUUUUUUUUUGGAAUGUAAAUAAUGUACCUUAGUUUUGCAGCAAUGACAUUGAUAUAUGUUUUUUUUUUUUCUAAGUCUGGCUGAGAGUCGGAACCUAUGGAAAUUAAUGUAACUCAUCACAGAAUAAGGUUAAUCAGUGUCUCCAUUAAAACAACUGAAAAUCU